UUAAUGAGGCGUCCGGGGCUUCUAUUCCAGUUAGGGCUUUUUUCUUCUCCACUAGUGUGGACUUGAGGAGGUUAACAGAGCAGAAUAAGCAGAAUUUUAUUCCGCCAUCAUCUCGCAUGACUAAUUACGUGGUUUUGAGAUUUGGUGAUUUAAGACUUGAUCCUAAUGUGUCAGGUUCUAGUUUAGGUGGAAGUGACUGCUGUUACAUGGUAGUUUUUCAGUAUGGCUCGAUUGUCCUAUUCAAUGUCCGUGAUCAUGAAAUUGAUGGGUAUCUAAAAAUUGUAGAAAGGCAUGCUUCCGGAUUGCUUCCUGAGAUGAGAAAGGAUGGUAAAAGUUAUAUAGUUGUUACAAUGGAACGGAAAAAGCUCUUUCAACUGGUAGGAAAGGCAAACUCCAAUCUUGCAGAUGUAAUUCUAAAGCUGGGACUUUUUGAAAGAUCAGAUAUCGCAUGGAAGGAUGCUAAAUAUGCUCAGAUUUGGGAGUACCUCAGAGAUGAAUUUGAACUCACUCAGAGAUUCGCAAGCCUUGAUUUCAAGUUGAAGUUCGUAGAGCACAAUAUCCGUUUUCUUCAAGAGAUUCUCCAGAACAGGAAAUCUGAUUUCCUUGAAUGGCUGAUUAUAAUCCUAAUUGGUGCUGAAAUCCUUAUAUCCGUCUACGACAUCGCUCAUAAGUCAGCAAUAACAUCUUUAUAGAAGACGCCUCAUAAAUUUUUUAGGAAAUGAACUAGUUUGCAGAAACAGCUUUGACGACUUCAGGUAUAUGAACAACACAUCUUGCUUUGUAUAUACUACUCUGAACUAUAUGCUCUUAGCAACUCAUCUCAGGAAGUCCUUAUCUGUUUCAAAAUUUUUGACUGCUAUCGCUUCUCUGCCGACUUCUGCAGUAAACAUUCUUGUUUUUUGUAUUCUUUUCUGCCUGUACGGAGGAAGUCGAAUCUUCCCUCCUGGUUGAAGUUCAAGAAUCACGCAUGUUUGCUUCACUCUUUCUCGGUCUCACUUCCUUAAAUUUCGAAGGAAUAAAGAGUAUGUUUCUCCUAUGUGAUCGAUACAUUCUAUUUUCCGUUCAAAAUCCUAACACCGAGGGUGUCCAUUGCAUUUCUAGAAGGAUAUCACUGUAAUUCCAAAGGGUUGGAGAAAAAGUAGUUGAACCAUUUUCGAGGGGGCUAAGUAUAUUUUACCAAUUUUAUUGCCACUGUUUUGAGCUUCUUUUAGGUUUCUGGGGUCUCAAUUAUCAGUUCUUUCGUGGUUGAAAUAUUGG